UGGUGCCUGUCAGGAUGAACUCUGGGUUUAUAGUAUUGUAGUGGUGCCUGUCAGGAUGAACUCUGGGCUUCAUUAACCCACAGCUCGUCCUUCACAGAAACCAAGAUGGCGGCCUCCGCGGUCAGGACUCUGGGCUUUAGCUUGGGCAGAAACCUCCGAGAGAUCCGCCUCCACCUCUGCCAGACCUCCGCGGCCAGCAAGGGGGCCAGGGACUUUGUGGAGCAGAAGUAUGUGACCCUGAAGAAGUCCAAUCCAGACUUCCCCAUCUUGAUCCGGGAGUGUUCUGGAGUCCAGGCCCGGCUCUGGGCCCGAUACGAUCUGGGUAAAGAGAAGAGCGUCUCCGUGGACAACAUGUCAGCUGAUCAGAUCACCAGCACUCUGCAGAAUCUGGCCCAGUCCAAACCUUAAGCCCCGCCCUCUCUGAGUUCUGGUUUUGGUUGGGUUCAUGUCCGGCUCACGUUGUUUCCUGUUAAUGUGUAUGAAUAAAGAUUGUGACUGAUGACUGGG